GUGAUAACCCUCAACCUGAGGUUAUAACAAAAAGACAUGCAUUCCCUCCCCAUCUGUGUACCCACCCAAAUUCCAAAGCUAGCGCCAAUGGAUCAAAUGAUAGCAGCAAACCAACCCCCCCUCUCUCCACUCCUCUCCUUCCAAACCAAACCAAUCCCAAAACCCACCGUCCGCCACCUUGCAAACUCUCCUCCAAAACAAACCACCGCCGCCUCCACCACCUUGGAACAAACCAAGCAGCUGCAUGCCCGCCUCAUUAGAAGCCAAUUUGAUUACUCCAAUCCCCUCCCUGGCCUCCCACUUGCACCCCAUUCCAGCCCUCCGGCGCAACUCAAUUUCCUCGUCACCUCUUACAUAAAGAACAGCGGGCCGGCUGCGGCGCUGAGGCUCUAUGCUUACAUGCGAAAAACCGGCACCGGGCUCGAUAAUUUCACCGUGCCGUCGGUCCUCAAGGCUUGCGCGCAGCUCUCGAGAAUCCGGCAGGGGAUGGAGAUCCAUGGCUUUGCGCUGAAGGCUGGGUUGGAUUGGGAUGUCUUUGUGCAUAAUUCUUUGAUGCAGAUGUACUCAGAAUGCGAACGUGUAGACUCUGCAAUCAGAGUAUUCAAUGAAAUGCCUGAGAGAGAUGUAGUCUCUUGGAGUACUAUGAUUAAAACCUUCACGCGGAGUAAAUCUUUCGAUGAAGCCAUUGAUCUUGUUGGAGAAAUGUUCCUGCUGAACAUAAAGCCCAGUGACAUAACAAUGAUAAGCAUGCUCAGUCUAUUUGCCGAUAUUGCAGAUUUAAAGAAGGGAAGACCGUUGCAUACUUACCUGAUAAAAAAUGGCGAGGCUGGAUCGACAAAUGUGAAUGCUAUCACUGCAUUGAUCGACAUGUACGUCAAGUGCGGAAGCGUAAGUGUGGCAAGAAGGGUCUUCGACCGGAUGACUACAAAGAGCAUUGCAUCAUGGAGUGCCAUGAUCGCUGGAUGCAUUCGCUGCAGAGAGUUGGAGGCAGCAGUGGAACUCUUUGGCAAGAUGCGGCAGGAGAAUGUAAGUCCCAAUGAGAUCACAAUGCUGAGCCUGGUUACAGAAUGCGGGCAGACAGGGGCCUUGGAACUGGGCAAAUGGCUCCACGCCUGCAUGCUUCGAAAUGGAUUCAGGAUGUCAGUAGUUUUGGCCACGACAUUGGUUGAUAUGUACUGCAAGUGUGGCGAUAUGAGGAGUGCAAAAGCAUUGUUCGAUAGCACGAAUGAAAAGGAUGUAAUGACAUGGACUGCCAUGAUUUCAGGGUAUGCAUGGGUCAAUGAUAUCGAAGAGGCUUUUGAUCUCUUUGGACAGAUGAAGGAUGUAGACAUAAGGCCGAAUGAAGUGACAAUGGUUAACCUUCUGUCUUUAUGUGCCAAGGCCGGAGCUCUUGGCCGUGGAAGAUGGGUUCAUGCCUUCAUAGACAAGCAAGGAAUAGAAUCAGAUGUUGUGCUUGCCACUGCCUUAGUAGAUAUGUAUGCAAAAUGUGGGGACAUAGAUGCAGCUUAUAUGGUGUUUUCUAGAGCUACUGAUAAAGAUGUGUGCAUGUGGAAUGCAAUGCUGAAUGGGCUAGCAGUGAAUGGUCAUGGAGAUAAAGCAAUCAAACUAUUUUCCCAAAUGGAAAGGGAGGGGAUCAAACCCAAUGAUGUCACUUUCAUUGGAAUAUUGCGUGCAUGCAGCCAUGCAGGACUAGUGGUUGAGGGUAGACAAUUCUUUAACCGAAUGGAUCAUGACUAUGGACUGGGUCCAAAGAUUGAGCAUUAUGGAUGCAUGGUGGACCUCCUUGGCCGAGCUGGAAAACUUGAUGAGGCACAUGAAUUGAUAAAUGGAAUGCCCUUCAAGCCAAAUGUGGUGAUAUGGGGGGCACUUCUUGCUGCAUGUAAGGUUCAUAAAAAACCCAGUUUAGGGGAAGUGGCAGCCAAUAAUCUUCUCAAGCUAGAGCCUUAUAACAGCGGGUACAGAAUUCUUCUUUCAAAUAUUUAUGCAAUGAAUCAUAGAUGGGAUGAGGUUGCAGAGGUGAGGAAAGCUAUGAAGGACACAGGACUUAAGAAGACACCUGGGAUCAGCUCGAUUGAGGUGAAUGGGUCAGUUCAUGAGUUUGUGAUGGGGGAUGAGUCACACCCAGAAAAUGAGAAGAUUCAGCUGAUGGUGGCCGAGAUGCAAGGGGAGUUGAAACGGGCAGGUUAUGUUGCUGACACCUCAGGCAUCUUUCUUAACAUAGAUGAGGAGGAGAAGGAAACUGUUCUUGCCUAUCACAGUGAGAAACUUGCUAUGGCUUUUGGUCUCAUUAGGUCAGCUCCAUGUACGCCUAUUCGGAUUGUGAAGAACCUUCGGGUUUGUGAUGACUGCCAUGCUGCUACGAAGCUUCUCUCCAAGAUAUACCGCAGAGUGAUAAUUGUACGGGAUCGGAACCGCUUUCACCGCUUCAGUGAAGGCUCCUGUUCGUGCAACGAUUAUUGGUAAAAAGAAUAUAUAUGUA